AUGGCUUAUGCCAGCCCCCAAAAUCUCUCUCAGAGUUUGGACAUCAACGAUAAGUUGGAUGAUUUGCAAUUGUGUGGGGUUUAUGCAUCUGAUAUUUAUGAGUAUCUUUGCCAAAUGGAGGUAAAAUGGUAUCUACCCAACUACCUUGAGAAGGUUCAGAAUGAUGUUAUUACCAAUAUGAGAGGAAUAUUGGUGGAUUGGUUGGUUGAUGCUGCGGAGGAAUACAAGCUUCUACCAGACACUCUAUAUCUUUCCAUUUCAUACAUCGACAUAUUCCUAUCCUUGAAUGUUCUCAAUAGGCAGAAACUUCAACUGCUAGGAGUUUCUUCAAUGCUCAUUGCCUCAAAGUAUGAAGAGAUUACCCCUUUGAAAGUAGAUGAAUUUUGCGAUAUUACAGAUAACACAUUCUCUACGAUAGAGGUGGUGAAGAUGGAAGCUGAUAUACUCAAGUUGCUAAUGUUUGAAAUGGGCAAUCCAACCAUAAAGACAUUUCUAAGGCAAGGACAUUCUUGGGAAUUUAUGGAUUUUGUUUGUGUUUUUGUAAUUGAUGAUGCGUAAAGGACUAAUUUUGAGAGUUAAUUUAUACGUUUGGCUAACUAGUGUUUUUUUUUUUUUUCCUUUCCGUUUUGGUUAACAAAAUGUUCAAUAGUAUUGCUCAAGAAAAUUACAAAGUAAGCCAAGUCUC